GACCGUCCAGCGGGAGGCGGAGCGAGUCCAAAAUGGCGGCUCUCAGGCUGGCGCGCUCCGUGCUGCUGGCGCUUUGAGGUGGUCGCCAGGGGUCGGGGGGACGAUUUCCCCGCCGCGGGGGCCCUAGAGGAUGAAUCGAGGGCUCUGCUAAGGUUAGGCGGUGGGGGUGGAGAGAGUGGCAGCAAGGGCUGCGGUGGAGUCCACGGAGCGGGAUGUGCGAGAGUUACUCCAGGUCGUUGUUGAGGGUCUCGGUGGCGCAGAUCUGCCAGGCGCUGGGCUGGGACUCGGUGCAACUCAGCGCCUGCCACCUCCUCACGGACGUGCUGCAGCGCUAUCUGCAGCAGUUGGGACGGGGCUGCCAUCGGUACUCUGAGCUGUAUGGCCGAACAGACCCAAUUUUGGAUGAUGUCAGCGAAGCUUUCCAGCUUAUGGGGGUUAGUCUUCAUGAACUAGAAGACUAUAUUCACAAUAUUGAACCUGUCACUUUCCCACAUCAAAUUCCUUCAUUUCCUGUCAGUAAGAACAAUGUACUUCAAUUUCCUCAACCCGGAAGUAAAGAUGCAGAGGAAAGAAAAGAAUACAUUCCUGAUUACAUGCCACCCAUUGUGUCUUCACAAGAAGAGGAGGAAGAGCAGGUGCCCACGGAUGGGGGUACGUCAGCAGAAGCCAUGCAGGUUCCCCUGGAAGAAGACGAUGAAUUGGAGGAGGAGGAAAUUAUUAAUGAUGAGAAUUUCUUGGGUAAGAGACCGUUGGAUAGUCCCGAAGCUGAAGAAAUGCCUGCCAUCAAGCGACCGCGGCUGUUAAGCACUAAAGGAGACACCCUGGAUGUCGUAUUACUGGAAGCCCGAGAACCCCUCAGCUCAAUAAAUACCCAAAAGAUCCCACCAAUGCUCUCUCCGGUCCACGUGCAGGACAAUACAGACCUAGUCCCUCCGUCACCAGAGCCACCGAUGUUGGCUCCAGUCGCAAAAUCACAAAUGCCAAUCACAAAACCAUUAGAAGCCAAAUCGUUUACACCUAAAGCAAAGACUAAAACCAGUUCUCCGGGACAGAAGACUAAGUCACCUAAAACUGCGCAGUCACCAGCAAUGGUCGGAAGUCCUAUUCGGUCACCAAAAACCGUAUCCAAAGAGAAGAAGUCUCCUGGACGCUCUAAGAGCCCCAAAAGCCCCAAGAGUCCCAAGGUUAUGACUCAUAUUCCCCAAGCACCCGUCAGACCCGAAACACCAAACAGGACUCCUUCCGCUACGAUAAGUGAAAAACUUAGUAAAGAAACCCUUCAGGUAAAACAAAUACAGACGCCCCCGGAUGCUGGCAAACUCAACAGUGAGAAUCAGCCGAAGAAGGCGGUCGUGACGGACCGAACGAUCGACGACUCGAUCAAUGCCGUGAUUGCACGGGCUUGCGCCGAGCGAGAGCCAGACCCUUUCGAGUUUUCUUCGGGAUCUGAAUCCGAAGGAGACAUUUUUACCAGCCCUAAGAGAAUUUCAGGUGCGGAAUGUACUACUCCAAAAGCUUCCACCUCCUCCAACAGUGUCCCUAAGGCAGGAUCCACCCCUCUGCCCCUCUCGGGUGGGGCCUCCAGUUCCGACAACUCGUGGACCAUGGAUGCGUCGAUCGAUGAGGUGGUGCGGAAAGCAAAACUGGGAGCACCUGCAAAUCUGCCUCCCGGCUUUCCCUACAUCUCCUCUCCUUCGGUCUCCCCUCCCACCCCGGAACCUCUGCACAAGGUGUACGAGGAGAAAGCCAAACUGCCCUCCUCCGUGGAGGUCAAGAGGAAGUUGAAAAAGGAACUGAAGACCAAAAUGAAAAAGAAAGAGAAGCAGAGAGAUAAGGAGAGGGAAAGAGACAAAAGCAAGGAAAAAAGUAAAGAGAAGGAUAAAGCGAAAGAGAAAGAGAAGGAGAGCAGCAAGGAAGCCAGGUACCCGUGGAAGGAAUUUCUUAAAGAUGAAGAGCCGGAUCCCUAUAAGUUUAAAAUAAAAGAAUUUGAGGAAGUCGAUGCAAAAGUGAGAUUGAAAGAUGGGAUGGUAAGGAAGGAGCGAGAGAAGCAUAAAGAUAAGAAGAAAGAUAGAGACAAAGGCAGGAGGGACAAAGAUAAGAGAGACCGGGAAAAGGUUAAAGACAAGGGGCGGGAGGAGAGGCUGAGAACACCUGCGGCCCCCCUCGUGGUGCCCCCGAAGGACGCGGCCCUGCCCGUGUUCAGCCCCGCGGCGGCCGCCAGGGUCCCGGCCGGGCUGCCCGCCUUGUCCUCCAUGCUUCCUGAGAAACUGCUGGAGGAAAAAGAGAAGCCUAAGGAGAAAGAGAGGAAAAAGGACAAAAAGGAGAAGAAGAAAAAGAAAGAGAAGGAGAAGGAGAAGGAGAAGAAAGAGAAGGAAAGGGAGAGAGAGAAGCGGGAGAGAGAGAAGAGAGAAAAAGAGAAGGAGAAACACAAGCACGAAAAAAUAAAAGUGGAACCGGUGCUUCCCGCCCCCAGUCCGGUCAUCCCCCGGCUGACGCUGAGAGUUGGCGCUGGCCAAGACAAGAUUGUCAUCAGCAAAGUGGUCCCGGCGCCCGAAGCCAAGCCGGCCCCUUCUCUGAGCAGACCCAAGACCCCGCCGCCCGCAGCCGCCCCGGCCCCCCCCGCGCCCGUGCACGUGGCCCCCGCCCCGGUGCCUUCGCCGCUCCUCCCGCCGUCGGCCGCGGCCCCCGCCCUGAUGCCCGCCCCGGCCCCCGCCGUCUCUGGCGCCGGAUCGUCCAAGGCCCCGGUCCGGAGCGUGGUGACGGAGACCGUGAGCACUUACGUGAUCCGAGAUGAGUGGGGGAAUCAGAUCUGGAUCUGUCCCGGGUGCAACAAGCCGGACGACGGCAGUCCCAUGAUCGGCUGUGACGACUGUGACGACUGGUACCACUGGCCCUGUGUGGGAAUAAUGGCCGCACCCCCGGAAGAAAUGCAGUGGUUCUGCCCCAAGUGCGCCAACAAGAAGAAGGAUAAGAAGCACAAGAAGCGGAAGCACCGGGCACACUGACCGGGCACGUUGACGCCGCGCGGCGCCCGCAAGCCUCGGAGGGAGGGGCCGCCGGCGUCGGGAGGCCGAGGACGCAUGCGCCGGCGCCGGCUCCGCCCCGGCCAAGCGGCGUGUGACGGAGGGACGCGUGACGGGCGAGGACGGCCACGCCCCCGCUUUCUAUUACCAGUGACAAGUAUUACUAAUAAAAAGACCGUAAUCCUCCCUUUUGAUUUUCUUUAUUCUCUCUCCAGGGCCUUUUCAUUAAGGUUAUUAGACGAGAAGAUAAAGUGUAAGCUGCCUCGACUGUAAUUUAAGGACAUCGUCCGUCUGUGUACAGUUUGCGACCUCUCUCCCGCUCUAGUGAGAUAAUCCUAAUACCAGAAAAGGAGCUCCGGACGGAGUGUUGCUAAAUAUUUUUGUGACGAGAAUAUAUGAAGCUUCCCCAUCCCCCCUCCGCCCGUUUUUAGUACUAACAUGUAAAAUGUUCAGGCUUUUGUGAAAUACCUUCUAUUUUUUAAGAAAAAGGUUUCUAUCAUGUCCCGUUUGCUUUGGCGCAGAUUAUUUUUGUUGACUCGCACGCAUUUUCUACGUUGGUCGCAUCCUAGCCGUGCCCUUCUCGAAACUGCUGGCGUUCUCCUCACCGCUCCUACACUUCAUCGACUUGUAUAAAACCUCCCAGACUAUAGAAGAUCUCCCCUGGUGUAAAUAAUAAAUAUUUAUGAAGUAGUUAUUUUUUAAA